AAAAAAUAUUUAAUCAAUAAUCAUAGUUUUUAAGUUACUUAAAAAUUUUUACUAAUUUUUUUUUUCUAAAACCGUAUUGUGUAGUGCAUCGAGUAUAUAAGUGAUACGUUAUAUUAAUAAUACUAUAAUCGUUAAUUUAUAUUUGUGUUCGCGUUUAUUCGCACUGYGUGAUACACUAACAUGUACAUCGAACACACGUGACAGAAAAUGCCAAAAUACGUGAAAAUGAAAUGCGUCCUGUCUGCAGUGUUAUGGCUGUGGCAACUGAUAAGUUUGGUAAAUGCUCAAGGMGGAAUUGGAUUUGGAAUAAAAAGAGAAAUAUUCUUUUUGAAUUUGGAAGACGGAUACUUUGGAUGCCAAGUGAACGAGUCUACGACGGUGUUGCAGUUGUAUGAGCUUUCUAGGCUAUGUGAUGGCAAACAAGACUGUUACAAAGGGUCAGAUGAACUGAGACGAGAACUCAAGUGCACUGACGACUGCGAGGCUAAAGAAGGAACGCCCUGUCAGAACGGCGCGUGUCUCGACUCCCUUUGCCAUUGUAACGACGGAUACGGUGGAUGUUCGUGUCAAGUGCCAGACGAGAACGAAUGCAAGUACCGGCCGUGCGACGUGUUCGCCCACUGCACCAACUCGCUGGGCAGCUUCACGUGUUCUUGUUUUCCAGGAUACGUCGGCGAUGGUUUUCACUGCCAAGAUAUCAACGAAUGCGAGGAUCCAGCCAUCGCUAGUAGAUGCGUACAAAACGCCGAAUGCUGUAACUUGCCGUCUCAUUUCUUAUGCAAAUGCAAGCCCGGAUACGCCGGUGACGGCGAAGUCGAGUGCAAAGACAUUGACGAGUGUUUGAGACCGGACGCUUGCGGCAACAACGCGAUAUGCAGAAAUACGCCGGGAAACUACACGUGCGACUGUCAACCAGGAUUUGUGGGCAACCCGUACGACGGGUGUUUGGAUGUAAACGAGUGUAGUCUUCAGAACGCUUGCGGUCCCGGUUCACUGUGUACAAACUUUCCGGGUGGACACCACUGUGAAUGUCCGGAAGGGUACACUGGUGAUGCGUACAGCGCCGGAUGUCACGAUGUGGAUGAAUGCUCGAGGUCUCCUUGCGGCAAAGACGCACAGUGUCACAAUAACGAAGGGAGUUUUCGGUGUUCCUGUCCACCAGGAUUCGUCGGUGACCCGUUCCAUUCUUGUAAAGACGUGGACGAAUGCGAGUCUUCUCCGUGUGGUCCCAACGCCGUGUGCGCGAACGUGGCCGGCAACUACACUUGCUCCUGUGCGACCGGAUAUGCCGGGUCCACCGAAGAAAUGAGAGCAGGAAAUGGAUGCGUGGACAUCAACGAGUGCGGAGCUUCAUCCAGCCCGUGUGGGAUCAACGCCAAAUGCACGAACAUCCCGGGCUCGUACAACUGCCAGUGUCCGCCCGGGUUCACUGGGUCCGCAAUAGAUCAUUGCCAAAACAUCAACGAAUGCGAGUACGCUCCUUGCGGAAAUAAUACUAUUUGCACCGAUACCGUUGGGAGUUUCAUCUGUUCGUGUAAAGAAGACUACACAGGCGAUCCGAUAAAAGGAUGUUAUGAUAUCAACGAAUGUGAAAUCUUUAGUAAGCCAUGUGGCCCUAACGCGGUCUGCGAGAAUACCAGUCCCGGAUUUAAUUGUCUUUGCCCACAAGGAUAUACUGGAAAACCGGACCCAAAAGUGGCCUGCGAACAAGUUGACGUGACAGUUUUAUGUAAAUCUAACUUUGAUUGUACCACUAAUGCUGAGUGCACCGAAGGUCAAUGUUUUUGUAAAAAUGGAUUUAACGCCAAAGGAUCAGUGUGUGUGGAUAUUGACGAGUGUCUUGCUCAGCCAUGUGGCCCAUAUUCUAUGUGUUCCAACACCCCCGGCGGAUUCCAUUGUCAAUGUCAAACAGGAUACGUAGGUGCUCCACCGAGAAUUCAGUGCAAAGCUCCUUGUGAAGACGUCAAAUGUGGAACACACGCUUUUUGCAAACCUAAUGGCCAAGAAGCGUACUGUAUAUGUGAAGAGGGAUGGACAUACAAUCCAAAUGAUUUAUCCUUAGGAUGUGUUGAUAUCGAUGAAUGUGAUAAAGUAAAUGGACCAUUUGGACGUUGUGGAGGAAAUACGUUAUGUACAAAUACACCAGGAAGUUUUGGAUGUCAAUGUAAACCUGGAUUUACUGGAAAUGCGUUUAAACAAUGUACUGAUAUAAACGAAUGUUCUGACACCAACAGUUGUGGAAAAGACGCUUUAUGCAUUAAUUUACCUGGUUCGUUUGAUUGCAUUUGUCCCGGAGGUUACAUACCAGAACCAGAUCCCUUUAUUAAGUGUACCAAAGCAAUAAACUGCACUGUUGACAAUCAAUGUCCAGGAAACUCUGUUUGUAGUAAUCAAAAACGUUGUUUCUGUCCUGAGCCAAAUGUUGGUGACGAUUGCAGACAUCCAUGUGAAGAUGUACAAUGUGGUCCAAAUUCUGAGUGCAUGUUACUCAACAAAGAAGCUCAGUGUUUAUGUUCGGCUGGAUACACAGGCAAUUCAAACACCGGAUGUACAGAUAUUGAUGAAUGCAAGGGUAAUCCUUGUGGUCCAGGAGCAGUGUGUAACAACGAACCAGGAUCGUUUACUUGUCAAUGUCCCGGUGGAAUAAGCGGAGACCCGUUCAGAGAGGGAUGUUCUCAAGCGAAAAGUCCUACACAAUGUAGUGCAAAAUCUCCAUGCCCUGGAUCUGAGAUAUGUGUUCAAGAUGAAUUUGUUGGAGAGAAUGUGUGUAUAUGUCAAAGAGGUUACAUAAGGGACCCAAAAACUGGCAAAUGUAGAGACGCUAACGAAUGUACAGAACUUAGAGACAAACCCGCAUGUGGCGUUAAUGCCGUUUGUAAGAAUCUUCCUGGCAGUUACGAAUGCCAAUGUCCUCCAGGCUUCAACGGGAACCCCUUUUCUAGCUGUGAAGAAUGCAAUUCAUUAGAAUGUCAAUGUAGACCACCAUAUCAAAUUGUUAAUGGCGAAUGCACAUUGGCUGGCUGUAAUAAAGGAAAAUGUCCAGCUGGUGCUGAGUGCAUGUCUAUUGCUGGGGGAGUAAGUUAUUGUGCAUGUCCAAAAGGAUAUAGACCUAGAGAAGAUGGAUCAUGUUAUGAUGUCGACKAAUGUGAAGAAAAAAUACAUUCAUGUGGCUACGGUGCAGAAUGUAUCAAUAAACCCGGCACACAUGAAUGUUUAUGCCCUCAAGGUUAUAGUGGAGAUCCACACCAUGGAUGUUCUCGUAGUCAAAAGAAAUGUAUAAAAGACUCAGAUUGCUUAUUAAACGAAAAUUGUAUUCAACCAGGUGUUUGCGUUUGUCCCGUACCGUACUAUACCGAUGUUCUCGACAAUAAUCGCUGCAAAAGUCCUUGUGAUCGAUUUCCAUGUGGUGUGAAUGCACAAUGCACGCCAAGUGACCCUCCAAAAUGCUUGUGUUUACCUGGAUAUAAAGGAGAUCCUUUGCAUGGUUGUGAGGAUGUUGACGAAUGUAAAGAUAAUCCAUGUGCUCUAGGAUCACAAUGUAUAAAUGAAAAAGGCCAUUACAAAUGUAUUUGUCCACUCGGUACAAAUGGUGAUCCUUACACUAUUGGAUGUUUAGGAAAAGAAGCACCAGAGUUUGAGUGCUCUACGGACGAUGAAUGCGUUGCUCAAUUAGCAUGUGUUAAAGGAACUUGUAUAAACCCUUGCAAUCUUUUACCUUGUGGUCAAAAUGCUUAUUGUGAAUCUGAAAAACAUGCUGCAUGGUGUAGAUGUAGUGCUGGUUAUGUAGAGUCUAUAUUUGGUGAAUGCGUAUCACCAUGCGAUGGAUAUAUUUGUGGUCACGGUGCACAAUGUAUAGUAUCAACACAAGGACCUACAUGCAAAUGUUUAGAAGGUUCUAUUGGAAAUCCGUUUGCUGGAGGAUCUUGUGAGCCUGAUGUUUGUUCAAGCRCCAGCCUUUGUAUCCCACCUAAUAUUUGCGUUGCUGGACGAUGCAAAGAGAAAUGUCAAGACCAUUUCUGUGGUAUUGGGGCUAGUUGUAAUCACGAAACCAACGAUUGUGUUUGUAAUCCGUUGUUUAUUGGGGACCCAAAUUAUUUGUGCAUGCCUCCUAUCACAACGCCUUUGUGUUAUCCUGGAUGUGGUACUAAUGCACAUUGUGAAUAUGAUGUGUUGAAUGAAAACAAAUGUGUUUGCAAUUCUGGAUUCAUAGGAAAUCCAUACAAUGAAUGUGAUUCUCAAUCGAAAAAAUCUUGCUCAAAUAUGACCUGUGGAACUGGUGCGGUGUGUAAAGAAAAAUUAAACUCAAUUGAAUGUAACUGUCCAUCAGGAUUUAAAGGAAAUCCCUACGUCCAAUGUGUUGAUAUUGAUGAAUGUUUAAUUUCGGCUUGUGGUAACAAUGCGGUUUGUAUCAACACGAUUGGAAGUUAUGAUUGUAGAUGUAUUGAAGGUUACGUGGGAAAUCCGUUUUUAGAAUGUUCAGCAAAAACACCACAAAUCUGCCAUGACCCAUUGACUUGUCAAUGUUCAAAAAAUGUCCCAUGCCCAAUAGGAUUUUCAUGUAAACAUGGAAAAUGUGAAAACCAAUGUGAUAAUAUCAAAUGUGGCGUUAGAGCUGGAUGUGUAUUUGGUAAAUGUGUAUGUCCACCAGGGUUGAUUGGUGAUCCUUACAAUUUUAAAACCGGAUGUAAAGCUCAAGGCCAAUGCACAAACGAUGGUGAUUGCAAAGAUACUGAAAUAUGUUUCCAAAUAAACAAAGAAGCAAGAAAAUGUGUUGAUGGUUGUAGUAAAUUACAGUGUGGACCAAAUGCAGUUUGUGUAACAGAAGGCCACCGUUCGUCGUGCAUUUGUAUCGAAGGAUAUUUUGGAAAUCCUGGAGACUUGUACCUAGGUUGUAAACUUGAAAGAGUGGCACCAAAAGGAGAAUGUAGAACAGACAAAGAUUGUAAUUCAACAAGCAAAGUAUGUUCCCUAAUAUUAGAUGGAAUAUCCUCUUGUGUUAGUGCAUGUACUCGAGUAGCAUGUGGGCCAGAUGAGAUUUGUUUACUGGAAAACAACGGAGCACCAGUUUGUUCGUGUCGUCCGGAGUUUGUUUGGAAUCCAGUUAUAUCUAAAUGUGAACAGCCAUCAUUGCCCGAUUGCUCAGUUGACUUCGAUUGUAAAGAUAAUGAAUCAUGUAAACCAGAUGCGUUGGGUGUAUUAAAAUGUAUAUCAGUAUGUAUUGAACUAACGUGUCCAUUUAAUUCAAUAUGUGUAGCUAGUAAUCAUGAAGGUAGCUGUCAAUGUAUGCCAGGCUAUGUAGGAAACACAAAUGAUCGAAAUGGUUGUCACCCUAUGAAGAAAAAUAGUUGUCAACAAGACGUCGAAUGUUUACCGACUGAAGCUUGCUUGGAAGAUCCAGCAAAUAAAUUAAAAUCAUGCAAACCUGUGUGUGAUCAUACCAUAUGUGGCCUGAAUUCUAUUUGCGUAGCAAAUAAUCACGUGGCUCAGUGCCAAUGUCCUCCUGGUACAUUUACUGGUGAUCCAUAUGACUCUAAUGGCUGCAAAGAAGUUUCAUGUGUAUAUAACGACGAUUGUCCACAAACACAAGUUUGCAAUAGACAGUCCCAUUCAUGCAUGAAUGUAUGUGCCAAAGACACCUGUGGAACUAAUUCAGUGUGUCUUGCUGAUGGACAUAAAUCAGUAUGCCAAUGCCCACCGGGUUUUAACCCUAAUCCUGUCCCUGAAAUAUCUUGUGAAGCCGCAGAAGUAUGUGAUGCAUCUUCGUGUCAUUUCACUGCCAUAUGUGAAUCUAAUUCUAAUUCUGGAUACAUAUGUAAAUGUCCACCUGGUCAUAUUGGAGAUCCUUAUACAGAAGGAUGCAGACAAGAAGGGUUAUGUCCAAACGGAAAUAUCGAUUGUCCAUUGCUAAGUGUCUGCCAAUCAGGAAGAUGUAUGAAUCCAUGUGAAAAAUCUUGUGGGAUAAAUACAAUAUGCAAUAUUAUUGAAAGAAAACCAAUAUGCUCUUGUCCCGAUAAUUUUGAGCCUAUUCAUGGUGAACCAAAAAUUGGAUGUGUUAGAUCAGUUACUAAAUGUUUUAACGACUUAGAAUGCAAAGGUGGCGUUUGUUCAAACGGAGAGUGUAAAGUGGUUUGCCGAAACAUUGAUGAUUGCUCUUCUGGUGAGAGAUGUGUUCAAAAUAAAUGCGAAAUUCCGUGCGCUGGACAUUCUCAAUGUAUGUCACUACAAGCGUGUAUAAAUGGAGUAUGUACUCUGGGAUGUCGAAGUAAUAAAGAUUGUUUAAGCAAUGAGUCAUGCAUCAAUGCAAAAUGUCAAAAUCCAUGUAAACGUGAUAAUGUGUGCGGAAUAAAUUCAAAAUGCAGUGUUGUUGAUCAUAACGUUAUAUGCACCUGUAACAAAGGAUUCCAACCAAAUCCUGUUCCAGAAGAGUCUUGUGUGCGAUCAAACAGUAUAUGUCAUAAUAAUUUUCAAUGUGGAUUAGGCCAAGAGUGCAGUGGAAACAUAUGCAAGGUUGUAUGCCUGAGCGGAAUGGAUUGUGCUGAAGGAGAAAGGUGCUCAAAUAACAAAUGUGAAAAAGUUUGCUUUACUGCAAGUAAUUGUUUGACUGGAGAAGUAUGUGUGGAAGGUAUCUGCAGACAAGGUUGUUCUUUAGAUUCAGAUUGUGAUGUUAGUCAAAUCUGUAUUGGCAACAAGUGCAGAUGUGGUAAUGGUUAUGAAAGCUCACCCACUGGCUGUAAAGAUAUCGAUGAAUGUACGCAAAAUCCAUGCCAUCCAAGUGCUAAAUGUUUAAAUACACCAGGCUCUUUUCAAUGUUCAUGUUCGGGUGGUAAAGUAGGAGAUCCUUACACCGAACCUGGUUGUAAUAAACCAAAUGAGUGUAAAAAGCAUGAAAACUGUGCUUCAAAUUUAGCUUGUGUAAAAGGAAAAUGCACAGAACUCUGUAACGAUGCAUGUGGAAAUAAUGCAAUAUGUCAAAUGGUUGAGCAUAUGCCAGCAUGUACUUGUCCAUCAGGAUAUUUAGGAGAUGCUUUUGAUAAAACUGUUGGAUGUUUCAAAGUCGAGUGUCUGGAAAAUGAAGACUGUCCAAAUGACAAAAUGUGUCAAACUAAGAACAAUAAAUGUACAAGCCCUUGUGAUUUAUUAAAUUGUGGCCAUGGAAAUUGUAAGGCAAACAAACAUAAAGGUAUAUGUACUUGUUAUAAUGGAUAUGAAUUAAAAAAUAAUAAAUGCCAAGAUGUUGACGAAUGCAAGCAAAGCCCAUGUCAUAAAACAGCAAGAUGUGAAAAUACGCCUGGAUCAUUUACAUGUGUUUGUCCUGAUGGAUUGUUAGGCAAUCCAAAUGCCGAAGGUUGUCAUUAUCCAAACAGUUGUACUACUAAUAACGACUGUCCAGAAAGUGCAAUUUGUCACCAGAAUCAAUGCAAAAAUCCAUGUGAAGAUAAAAAAGUAUGUGGUCGUAAUGCAGUUUGUUCAGUUCAAGGUCACGAAAUUCAAUGCCAAUGUCCUUUAAAAACUCAGGGUGAUCCCAAGGUGGAAUGCUUGAAUAUAGAAUGUUCAAACAAUAAUGAUUGUACAUCUGGAAAAGCUUGCGUAAAUUCUAAAUGUGUGAAUCCGUGUUCCGUACCAAAAGUCUGUGGAGAUAAUACUGAUUGUAGUAUACAAAAUGAUGCCGCUAUAUGUAACUGUAAAGCAGGAUAUACAGGUGACCCUCAUUUGGGAUGUACGUCAAUAUUAUACUGUGCGACUAACAGCCAAUGUCCCACUACUACCAAAUGUAAUAAUGGAAUAUGCACAGUGGAAUGUAACUUAUCAAGAGAUUGUGUUGGAAAUGAGCUUUGUAUUGGAAAUAUAUGUCAACCGACCUGUCAUGGUAAUACUAGUUGUCCAGAAUUUCAAUAUUGUCAAAACAAUAUCUGUGUUCAAGAGUUACGAUGCUUUACAAAUAAUGAUUGUGACAAUGUACAAAUUUGUAAGACAAAUACAAUUGGACAGACUCAGUGUASUGACGUAUGUGAAGAAGUAAUUUGUGGAAGGCAUGCUGAAUGCUCAGCAGUUGACCAUCAACCAGUAUGUAAUUGUGAGCCUGGUUAUCACGGAAAUCCACAUAUUGGUUGUCACAAAAUUGAAUGCUAUGAAAAUGAAGAUUGUACAAAUGAUAAAAUAUGUGAAGAUCACAUAUGUAAAAUAUCAUGUCUUGCCAACAACCCGUGUGGACCAAAUGCCUUGUGCUCCGCAGAAAAUCAUCAACAAGUUUGUUAUUGUCAACCAGGAUACACUGGAGAUCCAUAUUUUGGUUGUGAUGUAUUGGAUUUGUGUGAAGCAGCCCCUUGUGGACCAGGAGCUAGGUGUGAUAACUCUAGGGGUUCCUUUAAGUGCCUUUGCCCACUUGGAACUGUAGGAGAUCCUUACAAAGAUGGUUGUCAUUCUCCAGUUGAAUGUCAAAUCGACGAAGACUGUCCACCAGCAGCACACUGUGUUCAAACUAAUGGUAUUCCCAAGUGUCAAGAUAAUUGUGAAAAAGUUAAAUGUGGUCCUAAUGCUGAGUGUGGAACAUCAGCACAUUAUGGAUCCUGUAUAUGUCAUCCAGGAUAUCAAGGAGAUCCAAAUGAUUUAAAUAUUGGAUGUAGACCUAGGGCUGUAGCGUGCACUUCUAAUCAACAGUGUCCGAGUAAUACAUACUGCUAUAAUGGAGCUUGUAAAUCAUCAUGUCAAUCGGAUGCAGAAUGUGGUCUUUCUGAGCAAUGUCUACAAGGCCAGUGUAAUAAUCCAUGUGAACGACAAGGCUCGUGUGGAUUAAAUGCCAAUUGUAAUGUGAUCAAUCACGUUAAACACUGUUCAUGUCCUGCUGGAUUUACGGGUGGCAGUGAAAUUGAAUGUGUUCGAAUUCCUGUCGCUUGCGAAAUAAAUGAAAAUUGUUAUCCAAAUAGUACAUGCCAUCAAUCUGUUUGUCAACCUGAUUGUCAAGCCGACAAUCAUUGUGCGUUAAAUGAAAAAUGUUUUAAAAAUCAUUGUGCAUUAACCUGCAGAGUAGAUAAUGACUGCUUUUUAGGACAUAUAUGUCUGAACAAUAUGUGUUUAUUUGGAUGCAAGUCGAACGAAGAUUGCGCUUCAGUUGAGUCCUGCAGAGAUAAUGUGUGCACAAAUCCUUGUGUAGCGAUGCCCUGUGGACCAAAUGCUAUCUGUACGGUUGCUAAUCAAAGGGCCACGUGUUCUUGUCGAGUUGGAUUUGUUCCCAAUCCCACAGCUAAAAUAGCAUGUAUUAGAACCCCAGCUGAGCCAUGUAACGAAAAUCAAGAAUGCCCGGCGGGUUACUCGUGUAAUGAUAAUUCUUGUCAACCCGUGUGUUCUUCUGACGCCAGUUGUCACGGAAAUGAAAAAUGCGAUAUGUCAGUGUCUAUAUGUAAGCCAAUGUGCCGCAAGGACGACGAUUGUCGAAGUGGAGAAAUUUGUAAUGGAUUAGUAUGCAACGUUGGCUGUAGAAGUGACACUGACUGUCCACAUGACAGAUCUUGUAUUAACAACAAGUGCAGAGAUAUGUGUGAAUCCCCAACUGCAUGUGGUGUAAACGCAUUAUGUUCAGUUACAAACCACCAAAAACAAUGUAAUUGCCCUUUACUGCUCGAAGGUGAUCCUCUGUUCGCUUGUAGAUAUCCAAUGAUAAGCUGCAAAGGAAACAGUGAUUGUAGUUCAGGUCAAACUUGCUAUACAUCUACUUGUCAAACAGUGUGCCAAACGGACUUGGAGUGUUUAUCUGAUGAACGGUGUCAUAACGGAAUUUGUAAGGCAGUGUGUAAUUCAGACUCUAAAUGUAGCCCUAAUCAGAUAUGCGAAAACCGUCUCUGUGUUGGUGGUUGUCACAGUGACACUUCAUGUCCCGAUAAUGAAGCGUGUAUCGACAAACAAUGUAGAGAUCCUUGUGACGGUGCCACUACUUGUGGUCCAUGUGCCGAAUGUAAAGUAAUCAAUCAUGGAGUGCAGUGUAGUUGUAAGGCUGGAUUUAAUGGAAACCCAUUAAUUGGAUGCACAAAGUCAAUUUUAAAAUGCGAUGGAACAUGUCCCUGUGAUUUAGAAACUGGAUAUUGUAUAAAACGCUGUACAGCUAAUAAAGACUGUUCGUGUGGAGAAAUAUGUCACAAAGAUACAUGUACAACGAAAUGUAGUUCCAGCACGAAUUGUCCAACAGGUCAUAUAUGUUCUGAUGGAUUAUGCGUAGUCGGAUGUCGUUCUAGUGCAGAUUGUGCUGAUGACCGGUCUUGUCAAAAUGGUAAAUGCAAAAAUCCUUGUGACGCCGUGGCUACGGGAAUACAGUGUGGAAAUAAUUCAGAAUGUCAUGUCAACGAUCAUAGAGCUGUUUGUAUGUGUCCCGACGGGUUCCAAGGAGAACCGAAUAUUGAAUGUGUCAGAUAUACUUGUAAUAAGGAUGACGAUUGUGACACGAACAAGAAAUGUGGUUCCGAUAAAGUGUGUAGAAAUCCAUGUUUGGAGCAAGGUGCUUGUGGAUCAAAUGCACAAUGUAGAGUUACAAAUAGAAUGGCUUAUUGUACGUGCCCACUUGGGUAUUAUGGAAAUCCUCAACUCGAAUGCAAGCAAGGAACGGUGGACAAAUGCGCUUCGAACCCUUGUGGACAGAACAGCCGGUGCAAAGACAUUGCCGGUGGUUACGAGUGUUUGUGUCCUCCGGGAUGUACGGGCGAUCCGAGCAAGCGGUGUGUCUGCGAUCAAGCUCAACAGCGGUCAGACCCGUGCAAAAGUAUUGUGUGCGGAAAACACGCACUCUGCCAACCGGUGAACGAUCAGGACGCCAAAUGUUAUUGUCCGACCGAAUAUCCCGUGGGAAAUCCAUACGUGCAAUGUGAAAUGAAAAAAUUGCCAUCUGAUUGUCGAACAAACGGCUGUGGUAAGGGCGCCAGCUGUCAGUCAAUUGACAGUACAGGAUCGGCGGUGUACGUCUGCCAGUGUCCGCCCGGCACGACCGGUUCUCCGCAAAAAGAGUGCUUACAAGUGGUCGAAUGCGCCGACGACGGUCAGUGUACAAAUGAAAAGACGUGCAUCGACGGACGUUGCGUCGACGCGUGUAGCGUGAGAGACACCUGUGGCUUGAACGCUCUAUGCCGGCCGGUGUUGCAUAGGGCCCAGUGCGCGUGCCCGGACUGUUACGCGGGCGACCCGAGGGUGGGAUGCGCGCCGGACCCGGGCAGCUGUGUGCAGCGCGCUGGCGACGGUCCGACCGCAGCGUCACGGUGCGCCGUGGACGCGGACUGCCCGUCGUCUCGGGCGUGUAGCCCCGCGGACGGUGCGUGUCGUGACCCGUGUGACGGACUAUCGUGCGAACCACCCAAGGCCUGCGUGGUCCGCAACCACCGGGCCCGGUGCGCUUGCAAGCACGGUUUUGCCGUCAACGAGCUGGGCGAGUUGUCGUGCGCGCCCGCCGAGCGUGAGUGCCGAGUCGACACCGACUGCGCACCGCACCUCCGAUGCACGGGACAAGGCCGGUGUCAGAGCCCGUGCGACGGCGGUGUGGGUGGUGCGGGCGGACCGUGUCCGGCUGACAAGCGGUGCUUGGUACUCGACCACCGGGCUGUGUGCGUGUGCGCCGACAACUGCGCGCCAACCGCGUCCAUGUGUCUCCGGGACGCCGGUUGUCCGGAGCACGAGGCGUGCGUCAAUUUCGCGUGCGUCGAUCCGUGUUCGAACGUCACGUGUCCCGCGGACGCCCCGUGUGGCGUGGACGGGCACCGGGCCGUGUGCAAGUUUUGUCCGGCCGGUUACAGUGCCGAUUCAAAGUCGGGAUGUCUGAAAGUGGUCGGAUGCUCUGCGCACUAUGAAUGUCCGUCCGGACAAGCAUGUAUUGCGAAUCAGUGCCAAAACCCGUGUCAACAUAACAAUCCAUGUAAUUCACAACAAGACUGUCAAGUACAAGACCAUCAACCAGUUUGCUUGAAACUGUGCCAAUGCCAAAAGAACGUACACUGUCAAAACGGUUACGUAUGUGAUGGAUGCAACUGUAUAUUAUCGAGUCAAGAUCCUGUUGCGAUCCCAGGAUGCGAGCAUUGCCCGACCGGUGUACCAUGUGAUACUGUAACUGGAGCUUGCGCUAAAGCACCAGGUACCGCGAAAAAGCCACAAGUAUGCGAAUCCGACACGGAAUGUCUGGAGUCGGAAGCUUGUUACAUGGGUCAGUGUGAGAAUUUGUGUAGUUUUUCAACGAUUUGUGCACCAAAUGCCAAAUGUCACGUUAUAAAGCACAGACCCGUUUGUUCGUGUCCCCCAGGAUACGAAGGGAACCCGGCGACUAAGUGUUAUCAACCGAAACUGUUAACUUGUAAUACGAACAAUGAUUGUACGAACGGUGAAGUUUGCAUCCAGCAAAUUUGCCAAAACCAGUGCACCGUUCAUAACCCAUGCGCUCAAAACGCAGCAUGCAUUAACACUGCUCAUGGAGUCGAUUGUAGCUGCGUAGAAGGAUUUCAAGGCAACGGAUUUGUAGGAUGUUUACCAGUUCGAUCUUACAAGCCCAUUUGCCAAUACAACGAAGAUUGUCCUCCAGAUAAAUUAUGUGAUCGAUUAAAUCGUGUCUGUAUAAAUCCUUGUGCGGAAGACUCUUGUGGUGAAAAUGCAGAGUGUUAUCCUGUUAACCACGGUACAGAAUGCAGAUGUUUAGAAGGCCAUCAAGGAAAUCCAUACAUCACUUGUGCAUCAGUCACCGGAUGUCGGUCGAAUGAAGAAUGCUCAACUAAUGAAGCUUGCAUCAAUGGAAAAUGCUCUAACCCAUGUCGAUGUGGUCCAAAUGCUGUGUGCGACGUUAUAAAUCAUAAAGCAACAUGCAAGUGUCUUGCCGGCUACAAUGGAAAUCCAUUAUUAGGAUGUCAAGUACCUCAAAAUCCAUGUGAUCCAAAUCCUUGUGGAAUGCACGCUCUUUGCGAAAUUGACAAUGGAAAUCCAAUUUGCUACUGUCCAAAAGGAAUGACAGGAAAUCCAUUUAAAAGUUGCAUUCCUGAAGGUGAUGAAUGCUCACCAAAUCCAUGUGGUCCUUACUCUGGAUGCAGAGUAGUACAAGGUUCUGCAGUUUGUUUCUGUUUAUCUGAAUAUGAAGGGGAUCCUCCUAUUACACCUUGCCGUUUACCAACCAAUCCAUGUACACCCUCUCCGUGUGGACCUAACACUCAGUGUACAUUGCUGGAUAACGGAUUUGCUAAAUGUACAUGUUUACCAGGAUAUAUUGAGAGUCCAAACACAAUACGUGGAUGCGUAGAAAAAAAGAAUCCAUGUGAGCCAAAUCCUUGCGGACAAAGUGCAGUAUGCGAUCCAAACAGGCAACCAUCAUGCUUCUGCCCUGAGCCAUUAAUUGGAAAUCCAUAUAAGUUUUGUGGUGAAUCACUAAAAACCUUAUGCCAACCGGGACCUUGUGGAGCAAAUGCUGAUUGUUAUGUAACUGGAAGCAAUGAACAGUGUUAUUGUAAAAAUGGCUAUUCAGGAAACCCUUACGAUGGUUGUAGUUUAAUUCCAACGAGCCCUUGUGAACCAAAUCCAUGUGGAAAAUAUGCAUAUUGCAAAAUUUCAUCUGAAGGAAAACCGUUAUGUUUCUGUCCUGAUGGUAUGGGUGGAGAUCCAUUAACAGGAUGUAGAGGCCCGGAAUGUACAACAAAUGAUGAUUGCCCUUGGGAUAAAUCAUGCUUAGGUUAUAAAUGUAAUAAUCCAUGUCCAGGAGCGUGUGGAGUAGGAGCUUCGUGCAAAGUUGAAAAACAUCGUCCUGUAUGUACGUGUGAUCGUGGAUUAACUGGAAAUCCAUUUUUCCGUUGUUAUCAAAUAAGUUCAGAUCCAGCUCCAACUGGAAAUCCAUGUUUGCCUAACCCAUGCGGAAUUAAUACAGAAUGUAAAAUUCAAAAUCGUAAACCCGUAUGUACAUGCCUAACAAAUUUUGUUGGAGAUCCUAAGAAUGGAUGUCAGCCAGAGUGCGUUUUAAAUACUGAUUGUAAGAAUCAUCAAGCUUGCAUUGAUUACCGAUGUCGAGAUCCAUGUGCAUUUGGUAACAUCUGUGGUCUUGGAGCCGUAUGCCAAUGCAAAGAUCAUACACCACUAUGUUCUUGUAGAGAAGGUUUUGUUGGUGAUCCAUUCUUACAAUGUUUACCAAAACCUGAUGAUGAGCCAUUUAAAAAUAUGACUCUACCUUGUGCACCUUCACCAUGCGAUCCGUAUGCUUCAUGCAAUGUGUAUGGUGGCCAGAUAGCAAUGUGUGAUCCCUGCUCUUCAGCUGAACAACAAUGGAAUCCACAAUGUCAUCCACAAUGUUUAUACAAUUCUGAUUGUCCAUUCAAUUUAGCUUGUGUGGGUCAAAAAUGUAUUGAUCCUUGUCCAGGAUCAUGUGGUAUUCAAGCUGAAUGUACUGUCGUGUAUCAUAAUCCAAUAUGUUCCUGUCAAUCGGGACUAAUAGGAAAUCCAUACGAACAUUGUACUACUCCAAAACAAAAUGAUGUGGCUAAGCCUAUUUCAUGUGACCAAGUGCAAUGUGGAGCAAAUGCUGUAUGCAAAAAAUCAAAUGGAAUGACUAUUUGUGUUUGCCGUCAACAGUAUUAUGGAAACCCGUAUUUAUCAUGCAGGCCCGAAUGUGUUAUAAAUACUGAUUGUGGUCAAACAUUAUCUUGUAUUAAUAACAAAUGUGUUAAUCCUUGCUUGGGCGUAUGUGGUGUUAAUGCUCAAUGCCAAGUAGUUAACCAUUUCCCUGUAUGUUUUUGCCAACAAGAUUAUUCAGGAGAUCCUUUCGUUAGCUGUUAUCAAGCUGCUAGACCAAAUUAUCCGCCAAUAAUGGGCCCAGCAGAUAAUGCUUGUGACCCUUCACCGUGCGGUUCUAACAGUCGAUGUCAUAUUUCGGAACAAGGAUUUGCAACAUGUUCGUGUUUACCAGGAUACCGUGGCUCACCACCAGUAUGUAAACCAGAGUGUGUAGUAAGCGCGGAAUGUCCUCAAACUCAAGCUUGCUUAAAUCAAAAAUGUGUUGACCCAUGUCCUGGUACAUGUGGUGUUGGAGCUAAUUGUUAUUCUAUUUGCCAUAAUCCGAUAUGUAGUUGUCCACCAGGACACGUCGGUGAUCCAUUUGUUAGCUGUUAUUUACCACUUGGUGAAGAAACUCCUAAAGUACCUGGAAAUCCUUGUGAACCUACACCAUGUGGCCCAAAUUCAAUUUGUGAGAUUAAAAAGGGUCAUCCAGUUUGUUCAUGUUCCCCAAAUUAUAUCGGAAGUCCGCCAUAUUGCCGGCCAGAAUGUAUAAUGAAUCAUGAAUGUCCACAUAACAAAGCAUGUAUUCAAGAAAAAUGUCAAAAUCCAUGCACAAAAUCAUGUGGCUUGAAUGCUAAAUGUGAUGUUGUUAAUCAUACGCCAUUCUGUACCUGUAUAUCAGGUUAUGAAGGAGAUGCAUUUAUAAGCUGUACUAGAAUUCCACCAACUGCAUUACCUGAAAUUCCAAGAGAUCCGUGUAAUCCUUCGCCAUGUGGUGAAAAUACUCAAUGUUUUAGUGAAAACAAUGGAGUUCCAAAAUGUGUUUGCAUACCACCUUAUAUCGGUAACCCUUACUCUGGUGGGUGUAGACCAGAAUGUUUGAUGAACAGCGAUUGUAUGUCAAACUUGGCUUGUUUGGCUAGCCAUUGUCGAGAUCCAUGUCCAGGUGUAUGUGGUCUCAAUGCUCAAUGUAAUGUUGUUAGUCAUAUACCAGUUUGUACUUGUUUCCCCGGAUAUGUUGGAGAUCCAUUCCAAUCUUGUAGAAUAGAACCAGUUAAUGCACUACCUSCCCAAAAUCCAUGUGAACCUUCACCUUGUGGUCCAAAUAGUCAAUGUCGUACUCAAGGUUAUAAUGCAGUUUGUUCAUGUAUACAAGGUUUUAUCGGAACCCCUCCUUCUUGUCGACCGGAAUGUGUUGUAAGUGCUGAAUGUCCAGUAGAUAAGGCAUGUAUAGCACAAAAGUGUUCAGAUCCUUGUCCUGGAACAUGUGGACUACAUGCACGUUGCAAUGUGAUUAAUCACAAUCCCAUUUGUACUUGUCCGCCGAAAUUCGUGGGUGAUCCAUUCGUGAGGUGUAUUCAAGAAGAACCUAAAACUCCUCCGAUUGUUUACCAAGACCCUUGUUUCCCAUCACCAUGUGGUGCUAAUUCUGAGUGUAGGGAACAUGAUAAUAGACCUGUUUGCUCAUGUUUACCGGGCAUGCUUGGAGCUCCACCAAACUGUCGACCAGAAUGCUUAAUUCAUGCUGAUUGUCCAACUAGAUUAGCUUGUCUGCAGAGUAAAUGUCGAGAUCCUUGUACUGGAUCUUGUGGAUUCAAUUCUAGAUGUACCGUAAUCAACCAUCAACCAGUGUGUUCGUGUGAGCCUGGAUACCAAGGGGAUCCAUUUAACGGAUGUAAUGCUGUCGCAG